AUGUGUCUGAAGCUUCAGCUCAAAAUGCCCUACAGAUCACCAUGUCCAGAAGACUGGGAGUAUAAGGCUGAAAAAUGUUACCUCUUGUCUACAAACAAACUGAACUGGACUCAGUGUUGUGAUGAAUGCAUCUCAUGUGGAGGACAUCUGGCAAUUAUAAACCGCAGAGAGGAGCAGGAAUUCCUGAUGAGCAUGUUAAACUACACAUAUAAAGAAUCAUUCUGGAUUGGCCUGACAGAUAUGAAAGAGGGUCAGUUGUUAUGGGUACACAACACAGAACUUUAUAAUGAUUAACGGUACUGGAUUAAAUGGGAACCAGAUAACUGGGAAGGAAAUGGAGGAGAGUUUCCCAAUGGAGAAGACUGCGCACACAUUAAAGGAGAUAACUCCAAACAUCAGAGUCGGAAUAGUUGGUAUGAUGCAGCCAGCAGUGAAUCACUCAGAAGAAUAUGUGAGACCAGAUUUCCCAAACAAGCAUUGUCUGGCCAACAGAACAUGCUAUUUCAUGUCUUCUUCCGCAGCAUUCAUUGCUUCGAAACAGCAGAAAUGCAACUCAUUGACUAAGGAUGCGUGUGAGCAUUGGUUCAAAGCAUCGUCACUCAGAGAGGUGGAUGAGAACCAUGUGGGGCUGCUCGGCAGGCAGGAUCAUUCAGGACUCAGAACAGGUUCUUGUGUUUUCUCGUGCUCGGUGAGCUGGAAGGAUGACAGGCAGUAUGAAACAUUGGAUGGCUGAUUAUAGGCCAUUAAAUCUAGAUACUGAGCUUCAUUUAAUAAACAUAUAUCUAAAGUGAGAUCACUUUGCUUUGUGCUUUUUCUAAGCAGCAGAGAGAAUCAUUUAGUGCCCUAGUUUCAGUUGGUAACUUUCUCCAAGCAGCUCUCUGUGCUUUACCAGGGACUUUGCCUUACUUUCUAUAGGUCUGCUCAUGUAAAACAAGUCCUCACCAGCUAAAAGCAAAAAAUCUGGAUUGAUAUAAUCUUAA